AUGUACUUUACUCCAAAUUUAGUGCUAAGUGUUUUGGCAGUUUUCGCCUUUGAUAGCGCGGUCCUAUCGGCUCCGGUUAACGGCACUGCUCCAUACUCAGAAUCUGCAUUGUAUCCUAUCCAGCAACCCACUCAAGCUGCUGGUGCAGGUGCAAGUUCUGGUAAUAGUAUCUACCCUGGGCAAGGUUCUGGCGCUGGCGCUGGCGCCAAGGGAGCUGGUGCUGGUGGUGCUACUCAAGCUUGGAGGAGAGAAGUACAAGUGGCUACCCCUGCUGCGCCAAGCUCUGCCGCUCCAAGCUCUACCAGAUCUAUUGUCACCAAGUCUCCUCAGUAUCCUACCACCUCAGCAACUGCCCAAGUUCCGCCAACUGGUGUUGCAGCUGUGCAAUAUUUGAUCUAA